UUAAUCAAUAAGCGCUGAGGGUGGGAGCUACAGCUGACGUCUCCUUAUUCACUGGUCUGCUCUCUCACUGUCUCCUGCUAAAUGACUGUGCGGAGAUGCUCAGAGCUCUGGGCUUCCGACGACUCAUCUCCUUAGAAAACUUCAGAAGACCCAACUUCCCCCUGGUGGCUGAGAUACUAGGCUGGUUGGUACACAGGUUCGAACCCAACGCUGACCUGCCAACACACACCGAUACUGAACAGGACAGAGUUAUUUUUAUCAGAUCCGUCGCCCAGUUCAUGGCAGCGAAGGCCAACGUCCGCCUCAACACCAAGAGACUGUACCAGGCUGACGGGUACGCCGUUCAAGAGAUCCUGAAGGGGUUAAGUCUGCUGUACUCCGCUAUGCCCAACAAUAAAGAUGACAGUGGCUUCGACGAUGACUCAGAGACGACGCUUAACUUUGACGUCUCCAACAAGAUCUCCGAGUUGAAACACAUCAGAUCCCUGGCCUCUGAGAUCUCCAGCAGGGGCGCCACCCUCUAUGACCUUCUGCGAAGAGAGGUUGACCUCAGGGAGAUCCGCACCAACAUUAUCAACAGGCAGCUGGAACUGACGGAGGUAGAGGAAGGAAUGCAGUCAGCCAUCAGCGCCUGUGAGAGGGAGGGCAAACCGAACCAAACCGCCAUAGAAAACGUAGGUUCUGACCAAUCCAACCUGGAGGCCAAGAUUGACAAGAAGAAAACGGGUCUUGAGCGGGGACAAAAGAGACUCCUUACCUUGAAGAAAGUCAGGCCGGCCUUCAUGGACGAGUAUGAGAAGUUAGAGCAGGACCUCAAGCGUCAGUACGAGUCCUUUGUGCAGAAGUUCAUCAGCCUAUCUUACCUCGAGAACCUGCUUGAUGACUACGACCGCAUCGAGCAAGAGAAGAUGGCGGAGAGGGAGUCAGCCACCCGCAAGAUGCUGGAGAAGCUGCGGACAGAGGAGAGUCACCUGGGCAGUGGUGGAGAGGACGAUUCUGAUGACACCGAUGAUGAUGACGAUGACGAUGACGAUGAGGACGAGUUGCUCAAGGACAAGGUCAAGGACACCAUCAUGGAUAAAGGAGGCAAGGACGGCGUUGGUAAAGGUAGAGCGCAGAGACCACCCGAGGACGUACCCAUGGACCUCACCACCAGUAGUCGCCGUCAGCUAGUACUUCACACUCCCCUCUUGGUCACAUCUCAGGAAGACUCCAAGCCCGGAUGGGCUGUCCACAUCACCAAGCUACCUGCAGACGCCAUGAUGGUGCGCUCCUCUCAGACAUCUGCCAGUCGAUGUCGGCCACCGUCCACAGAGGACAAGAAUACCACUACCACUACCGUCAUCACCAGCGAAGCGACAAGCAGCAAGGAUUGGGGGCAGGACGACCCGGGGACUAAUGGUGAUGUAGUGGAGGCUGGAGAAGGCCUACAGACCUCGACCGCCGCCCAAGGUCUGCUUCCUCUCAAGGACACUGAGGCCAGGUCCCCCAAAUGCUCUACUACACGUACUGCUCUCCAGCUGAUCCAGAACCUGAGGGCCCAAGCAGCUGGGCAGCAACAACGAAGCGUCUCCACCACCAUACCCGACUGGAUUACGAGGCCGAGGUGGAGAAAAACAUCCACCUCGAGGACAACAAGUCCUACAGUACAAGGGACACUGAGGACGACGAGACGUGGCAGAUGA